UCAUUAGCCAGGUUGUCGGGUGUAAAAUAGCAUCACGCAACAUUAAAACACACGCAAACCCUGAUGGUGCAGCGUCGAUAAAAAAAAAUAACUCAACUCGAAAACGUCAUUUGGCCUCAGAAGUAUUUUUCUCCAGGAAAGUCGUGACCGGAAACCGUCCGUCGUUCCGGCCGCCUUGACGCCGGUCACCUUUCCGUGAUCCCGACCCCCCCCCUUCCAGCCAAUCAGCGGCCGCCGGAGACGCAGCGGCGGCGAUAGCUGCGCACGGGAGCGGGCGGCAGGAACAAAGAAGAGCCGCUCCGGUCGCGCGUGUUGAAAAGGACCCGUCGGUUCGCUCCGUUCAGCGCGGACGACGUUUCCGCUUCUUCGCCGCGGGGGUUUGGCGCUUGGCUUCGCGGGCGGAGGCUCUCAGUUCCCCCGGUGAGGGUGGAGGAAAGUUGGCGUCGUGAGACGUUUUUUUUUUUUUUUUUCUUCUUCUUCUCUUUUUUUUUCUUUGGUCGGGUCGCCUUUCUCGAAACCCCCUUUUUUCAGAUCGCGUGUUUACCCGUUUGGAUUCGCUGGUGGCGAGAGGUACCGAGAGGAGUUCCCUCCGGCUGCCGGGACCCACCGUGUCCCCACUGUGCUCAUGAGGUAACGUCCGGACCUAGUGCCCCCCUCAUUACCACCCUCAGCCCUCCCCCCCGCCCCCCCUCCGGCCUCUCCACCCCUCGGACCACCAUGGGCCAGAAGAUCUCCGGCAGCAUCAAGUCGGUGGAUGUGCGCGGCGAGCCCUCGUAUCGGCCGGUGCGCCGCGAGCUGCGGGGCCCGGAUUUCUGCCGCCCCCCCCGGCUGGACCUGCUGCUGGACAUUCCGGCGGCGAGCCCCGAGGCCCAGCUCCGCCACGCCUGGAACCCCGACGACCGGUCGCUCAACGUCUUCGUGAAAGAAGACGACAAGCUGACGUUCCACCGCCACCCGGUGGCGCAGAACACGGACUGCAUCCGCGGCAAGGUGGGCUACACACGGGGGCUCCACGCCUGGACGGUCCACUGGCCGGCCCGACAGCGGGGCACCCACGCCGUGGUGGGCGUGGCCUCCGCCGAGGCCUCUCUGCACUCGGUGGGCUACACGGCGCUGGUGGGCGCCGACUCCGAGUCCUGGGGCUGGGACCUGGGCCGCAACAGACUCUACCACGACGGCAAGAACCGGCCGGCCUCCGCGGCGGCGCCCACGUACCCCGGCUUCCUGGCGCCGGACGAGUCCUUCGUGCUGCCGGACUCGCUGACCGUCGUACUGGACAUGGACGAAGGGACGCUGAGCUUCAUGGUGGACGGACAAUAUCUGGGUGUGGCCUUCAGGGGCCUGAAAGGCCGGAGACUGUUUCCCAUCGUCAGCGCCGUGUGGGGGCACUGCGAGGUUUCUAUUCGCUACGUCAACGGGCUGGAUCCGGAGCCCCUCCCCCUCAUGGACCUGUGCAGACGAGUAGCUCGACUGGCUCUUGGCAGAGAGCGCAUCCAUCACAUCGACGGCCUCCCGCUGCCACAGACGCUGAAGAACUACCUCCAGUACCAGUGACCCCCCCCCCCCCCCACACACACACACACACACACACACACACACUGCGAUUAGGGGGGUGGGGGUCUCCUCUGAGGCGUCGCGUUUUUAUCUUCUGGUUUUGUUUCUUUUUCUUUUUUAAAGCCGGUCAAUGAAACGAGGGACGAACGAAGACGCCGUCUUUUCUGCACGCGCUGCUUCUGAGACCAUGCUUCCAACAACACAGCGGGCCAUGUGGGGGGCCGGGGGGGGGGCUGUGUUGGUGGGUACACAUGGAUAACACAGUGUUUCAUGUGUACACAAACACACUCUGCUGUCUUCAGUUGACAAGCAGGUGGUUUCCACCAGACCCCCCCCCCCUCUCCAGAUCUCUGGCUCCUCAUCACGUGCUGGUUUGAUUUAAGCCUCCAGCAUGUUUGAACGGGGGGGUGUCGCCUCUCUGGCUACUGUUAGAUUACGAUUCAUCUGAAGAUUGAAGCUGUGUGUUUGUGCUCUGUGAGACGGACACACACACACACACACACACACACACACACAGAGUACAUGUCAACACCUCUGGUAUGUCUCGCCCCCCCCCCCCUCCCCUCACACACACAUCAAGUUUUUAAUGCUGCUUUCCAUCUUUUUAUUCCACCGUUUUACACCGGUGUGGGUUUUUUGGGGGGUUUCAUGAGAUUUCUUUAGUGUUUACGUUCUUUUCUUCAUUCCGCGGCUCGUGAGGUUUGUGGGUCUGCGGGACGUCGGCUCGCGGUCAGAAGUGUAAAGAACAACAAGUCCAAUGUGCCGCCAUGAGAAUUUUUAAAAUGUGAAUAAAGAAACUCUGCUGAA